AUGGCAUCCUCCUCAAAAGAAAAAGAGAAAGAAGGAGGAGAAUUAGAGGAAGAAGACGACGUUAUGGUUAUCAACGUGUGGAAAGAAAACAUGGAUCAUGAAGUUGAAGAAAUCACCCAGAUUGUUCGGGAGUUCAAUUUUGUUGCAUUUGAUACGGAAUUCCCAGGUACCAUAAUAAAAUCCCCAAACAGUGACAUAUUAUUACCUUACAGUGUUUUACGGGAAAAUGUCAAUCGCACAAAGCUAAUUCAACUAGGUUUUACUUUGGGUGAUCAAGAUGGAAAUCUCCCUAAAGAUGAAAAUCAGAAAAAAAAAGUCUGGCAGUUCAACUUCUCAGAUUUUGAUUUAACAACGGACGACGACGAGUUUGAUCCUGAUUCCAUUGAGUUACUCAUUAAAAGUGGACUUGAUUUGGAGCUGUUUAAGACUCGUGGGAUUCCUUUAUGUGGUUCUAUUGGUGAAAAAUUGUUAGCAUCUGGUGUGUUUAAUAAUAAAAGAAAUUGUUUAGUUAGUUUUCAGGGAUCGUCAGAUAUGGGGUAUCUCAUAAAACUCUUUACGCAACAGGAUCUUCCUCAAACCUAUCAAGAGUUUAUGAUCCUGGUAGCACGUUAUUUUCCUUAUUCAAUUGAUGUCAAAUUGCUUUCAAAUGUAUUCAUGCAAGGCAAUACAAAAGGGUUGGAUAUUGUGUCAAAUCGUUUGAGACUCAAAAGAAAGGGGGGAAUUUCUCAUCAGGGAGGGUCUGAUUCAUAUCUUACAUACAUUGUCUUCCUCAAAUUGUUGGAGAAAUAUGGAGAUGAAAUUAAAAAUUCCCACUACAACACCUUAUACGGGUUAACAGAUACUUAA